GGGAACAGACCCAAAAAAAAAAUAUUUUUAACCAGAAAAAUAUAUUUAACGAAUCCGGAAGAAUGAAUUGCAUAUCUCUGAAGCGCUCACUGGUUUUGGAGGAUGAUCCGCAAGAUACUUUUUCCCCAAAACGAAAACGUAUGGAGUGCACGGAGAACAAUUUAAAAAAAUUACCAGAAAUAAAUAAUCCAGAAGGCACUAAUUGUAUAGCCGUCAAGACCUUUCUAUCUUUGGAGGACAAUUCAAGGAAUAUAUUUUCCGCAAAACGAAAACGCAGGCAGUGCAAAAAGGAGGAUAAGCAUCUAGAGGUUCCAAACAAUUUUUUGAAAGGUUUACCUAUUCUACUGGAUACCGAUUCGAGUGAUUCGGAAGCAGAUUUCCAAACACCUCAGUUCAAAAGGACAAAAUUUGUCACUCAACAGUCCAAAAACCUAUUCAGCUUUAAUGAAUUGAAGUCCAUUUGCUGCAAUAUGAUGAAGAAAAGCGAGGAUUUAAUUAGGGAGGAAUAUGAAUCAAGCCUGACCCGAAAAAUGGCGGAGCAAUAUGACACUUUUAUAAAGUUUACACACGAUCAAAUGUUAAAAGAAAUUGGUCAAAAUGCCAGCUAUUUGACUUGAUUGUCAUUAACUUGUUAAUAGAUUUUACACUUUUAGAACAGUUGGUUAUGAAAAUUAUUUAUGUUAACAAAAAGUUUUAAUUCCUUCUUGGGAACAAUUUAUCUUUUCUAAAAA